AUGAUGGGGAAAUAUUUGAGAGACGACAUGAUUAAUCUUCCCAAAGUUCACCAUGACUUGUAUAAGUUUUUAUCAAUACGUGGAUGGAGAAAUAUCGAUCAAUCUCUCACAGUGUCAGCUUUUCCACAGACUGGUCGUGGAUUAUUCGCAAAGAAAAAUCUUUCGGAGCAUGACUUGAUUAUUGAAUUACCUCAUCAAUGUUUGAUAUCGUAUCUAACUUUGGAGAAUGAUGAUGACUUCACAGAUCUCUUUGAAAAAGAUAAAUUAGAAACAAGCAAGUCAUUAAUUUCAUUUCAAUCUUUACUCGCCUUGUAUUUGCAUCAUCAGAUUUUAAAAAAAGAUUCUUCCGAAUGGAUUUCUUACAUCCAAACACUUCCUGAAUCUUUCUCUGUUCCGUAUUUCUGUAAGAAGCCAGAACUUUAUUAUUUGCCUGACUUUCUCUUAGAGAAGAUUGUUGAACAAAAUGAAAUAAUUAAGAGAAACUUCCAAGAGUUGAUGAAACUUAUGAAAUCAAAAUCAUCGGAAAACUUUUCCUUAGAAACUUUCAAAUGGGCGUACUUUGUAUGUAACUCGAGAAGUAUUUAUAUUAAAGGCGAAGUUUUAAAACCACUUGUUGAGUGCAUGCAUUUUGAGGAGAUUCUAAUUGAUUCUCCUAACAUGGCACUUGCUCCACUGUUGGAUCUUCUAAAUCACUCGGAUCAGGCAGAAACAAAGUCCCAGUUGUCUCAUUCAGACAGAUUUAUUGCGGAAAACGCUGAAAAGAUUAAGAUUAAUGAGGUUCGAUUAACUUAUCAAUUGCACACGGUAAAAAAAGUUGAGAGUUAUCAGCAAAUAUUCAUCAAUUAUGGAGCUCACAAUAACACAAAACUCUUGCUUGAAUAUGGAUUCGUUAUUCCAAAUAAUCAAAUGGAUUUCCUCGAGUUUUGCCUCUCCGACAUUAACAGCUACAUAAAAUCCCAUUCGGAAUUGAAAACACUUCUGAUUCCCAAACAUAAAUAUAAAUUUAUCAGAGAUCACAAUCUAGAUGAGCAGAUGUUCAUCGAUUCUCGCGAUGGUUUGAAUCAUAAUUUUCAAGCUGUUCUUGCGAUUCUUCUUGUGCCUCAGAAUUUAUAUAAUCUUACACAAGUCGCCUUUGGUGAUGAAUUAAACUUCAGCAACAUCAAACAACACGCAUUGGAAAUCUUAAAACAAAAGAAAAUUGAAAUGGAAAAGUUCAUCGAAGGCCUCAUUCAUCAGAAUGAAUUGAGUGGUAGUGGCAAGGCGUGUUUAGAAUAUUUUACUGAAUCAAAUAAACUCGCAUCGUCAACGAAGGUUCAGUCGAUCGAUACCAAAAGCCCCAAGCACCAUGCGAGUAAACAAAGUGUGUUACAUGAUAAAUCACCCUUAGGAACAAAUAUUUUGGGAAAUAUCUUUGCAAAGAAAAGCGGAAAGUCAGGAUUUUGGCUACAUCAAGAACAACAAAUACGACAUUGUUUCCAUCCAGGUACUUCAUCGUUUGAUGGAAAUGAUUCACUCGGUGUAAUCAACGCCCCAGAUGUGACAGCAAGCCAAAUGCUUAGAGCGAUGAUGGCUUACAUAUGGCCAAAAGAUGACGCGAUGAUAAGAAAAAGGGUUGUGGUGUCAUUAAGUCUUCUUGGCGGUGCUAAAGUCCUAAAUGUUUGUGUUCCAUUCCUGUUUAAAGGUGCCAUUGAUAGUUUAAAUGUUCUUCAAAUGGGAACGCCAGUCGAGACAACAAUGACUGUGAUUAGUGCAAUGUUAAUCGGGUAUGGCAUUGCACGUGCAAGUGCUGCAGGUUUCAAUGAAUUAAGAAAUGCUGUUUUUGCUCGUGUUGCUUCACACUCAAUUCGAAAAAUUGCUGUCAAUACUUUCAUGCAUCUUCAUAAUCUUGAUUUGUCAUUUCAUCUUAACAAACAAACGGGAGCUCUCUCAAAGACCAUCGAUCGUGGUUCACGUGGAAUCAAUUUUGUACUAUCAGCGAUGGUUUUUAAUGUUGUGCCGACAGUGUUUGAACUCGCACUUGUAUCAACAAUUCUCGGAACGAAAUGUGGAUUGGCUUAUGCUGGAAUAUCGAUGGGAUGCGUGGGAGUUUAUGCUGCUUACACUUUAGCAAUUACUCAAUGGAGAACUAAAUUUAGAAUGUACAUGAAUCAAGCUGAGAAUGAAGCUGGAAAUAAAGCUGUCGACUCACUUAUAAAUUAUGAAACAGUAAAAUAUUUUAAUAACGAACUUUAUGAGGCUCAUCGAUACGACAAUGUAUUGAAAAAAUAUGAAGACGCAAGUUUGAAGACGAGCACAAGUUUAGCUGCGUUAAACAUUGGACAAAAUGCAAUUUUCAGUGUUGCAUUAAGUGCUAUCAUGUUGUUAGCUGCAAAUGAUAUUGCUAAUGGAACUUUGACUGUUGGUGAUCUUGUGAUGGUCAAUGGACUUCUGUUUCAACUUUCCAUUCCUCUUGGAUUCUUAGGAAGCGUUUAUCGUGAAGUUCGUCAAGCUUUACUCGACAUGCGUUCAAUGUUCACAUUGCUUGGUGUUGAGAGUCGUGUACAAAAUAAACCAAAUGCUGUUCCACUUAUUGUUGAUCGUUCAAAUUCAACAAUUGAGUUCAAAAAUGUUUCAUUCGAAUAUGAGAAUGGUAAAAGAAUUUUUGAUGAUUUGAGUUUUGUGAUACCAGCUGGAAAGAAGAUUGCGUUUGUUGGUGGAUCAGGUUCGGGAAAGUCAUCAAUGGUUCGUCUUCUUUACCGAUUCUUUGAGCCAACGAGUGGCGAAAUUAAAAUUAGCGGUCAGAAUAUCAGAGACGUUGACAUGGACAGUUUGAGAAAAUCUAUCGCGAUUGUUCCACAAGAUUCAGUCUUGUUUCAUGACACAAUUCAACACAACAUUCACUACGGUGACUUAUCAAAGUCACAAGAAGAAAUGGAACAAGCUGCAAGAAUGGCUGAUCUUCAUGAACAAAUCAUAAGAUGGCCAAAUGGAUAUGCGACACAAGUUGGUGAACGAGGAUUGAAGCUGUCGGGUGGUGAGAAGCAGCGUGUUGCAAUUGCUCGAGCAAUCCUAAAGAAUUCUCCGAUUUUGAUAUUCGAUGAAGCAACAAGCAGCUUAGAUUCAAUAACAGAACACAACAUUCUUCAAGCACUUUCACGUGCAACUGAGGGGCGAACGAGUAUUUGCAUUGCACAUCGACUCUCAACUGUUAUGGACGCUGAUGAGAUUCUUGUGUUAGAACAUGGAAGAGUUUGUGAACGUGGAACACAUGACCAGCUUUUAAGACAAAAAGGAUUAUAUGCGAGAUUAUGGGAUACACAGAACCGUUUGUAAAGUGAAAUGUAAAUUUAAUUGAUGAACAUUCUAAAAUAAAUUUCAAAUCAAAUCAUUUCCAUCC